AUGGAAGGACAAUUAGAUUUAUCAUAUUUGGACCGUGAAGAUAUAGAUGAUGAUGUGGUCGGUGUAGACUUCAAUAUUAUCGCAUUGAUACGUCAACAAUUACAAAUAACGACUUCAUUGGCUGCAGUAACAAUGUUAUGCAUUGUUGCACACGCGUUGAGUAUCUUGAAUAUGUACUCUAGUGAUUCGAGUAGUGGUAGCAAUUACCUACCAGAUAGAGACCGUCGUAGGGAGCAAUUAAUGUCAUAUCUUGUGCAUACGGUUCGGUACCGUGACAUCAUUAGGAUGGGUCCAGAGGCAUUUGUUAAUUUGGUUGAGAGGCUAAGAUCAACCGGGUUAGUUAAGGAUGCCAUACAGUCGAUAGUGGAGCAACAAGUUGCUCAAUUUCUUCAUAUAAUUGGCCAUAAUGUUAGGAAUCGAAGUGUCGCAUUUUUCUUUCAUCGAUCUGGUUCGACGGUCAGCAGACACUUUCACAAUGUGUUGGAUGCUAUCUUAACUUUGGAAUCGGAAUUCCUAAUUCAACCCUCAGGAAAUGAGGUUCAUCCAUAUGUCUUGAACAACAAUCGAUUUUACCCGUACUUUAAGGAUUGUUUAGGGGCCAUAGACGGUACUCAUGUUCAUGUAAAGGUGCCCAGACUUCAAGCUCCAAGAUUUCGAGGAAGAAAAGAUUGGCCAACUCAAAAUGUUUUUGCGGCGUGUGAUUUUGACAUGAAAUUCACAUAUGUUCUUGCUGGGUGGGAAGGGACUGCAUCUGAUUCAAGAAUUUUAAAAAAUGCUCUUCAACGAGAUGAUCCGUUGGUUAUUCCCGAAGGAAAAUACUACCUCGGUGAUGCUGGAUUUAUGUUGAAAAGCACAAUUUUGACUCCAUAUAGAGGCGUACGAUAUCACAUUAAAGAAUAUACACGUAGAGGACCACAAAAUCCAAGGGAGUUGUUUAAUCAUAGACAUUCAUCGUUGCGAAAUGUUAUUGAAAGAACUUUUGGUGUCUUGAAAAAAAGAUUCCCUAUCAUUGGAAGUGGCACUGAACCACACUAUGGGUUGGAGACAAUGACCGACGUUGUAUUAGCUUGUUGUAUCUUACACAACUUCCUUCGUGGCGUGGAUAACGAUCAAGCAUUACUUGAUGAAGUUGAUCAUGAGUUGAAUGAAAGGGAAGACCAUCAUGUUUCAUCAUCUCAAGUUAGAGAAGAUGACCAUAGGAUUGGUAGUAGUAUCAGGGAUUCUAUAGCAGAUCAUAUGUGGCGAGAUUAUCAAAACUCGUAG